AUGGAAACUUGGUUUUGGAUUCUCGGCUGGUUUUUUUCCUUUCUGACGAUGACUGGAAAUGGAUUUUUUAUCCUCCUUGUUUGUACUAGACGGCAUCUUCGAACCAAAACCAACGCCUUUGUUGUAUCCCUCGCAGUAGCAGACUUUUUUGUUGGGAUGACUGCUGUUCCUUCGCUGUUUCUCUUAGAAAGGAUUGGCAGCGGUUACUCACAAGGUUUAUACACAGGCCUGAAGAGUUUGAAGUGGCUGUUCCAGGAUGCAUCAGUGAUCAACAUGUGCAGUUUGGUACUGGAUCGCUACAUAGCUGUUGUGAAGCCUUUGAAAUACUUAACCUUUAUGACUUCCAGACGUGUUAUCCAGCUCAUUUCCUUCUCGUGGGGGUUGUGUGUUGUUUUCAUUUUGGUUUUAUCAUCUCUGUUAUUUAGCCUUAACCCAAGAGUCGUCUUACGUACUCUGUUUUGGGUGGUUUUUGUUUUAUUUUACUUCUUGCCAAGUUUAAUGAUUAUUUUUUGUUUUGCACGAAUGUUACGUGUUAUCUAUAUGCAAAACCGAGCA